UUCGUCAGUGUGACUACGAAAUGUCCACGAUAUGCAGAGGCAAGAAACGAACAUUUUCAUUGAAUCCAAGCUUAAUUACGACCCAAGAAUUAAAUCCUUAGACACAAAAUCUUCAAAGCCGGCGCCAAUUUCAAUCCGUGGCUGGAUAAGGUUACAUUUCUUACACCUUCCUUCUUCCCGAAAUCCUCCUAUUCUAUCCUCUGUUCUCCAAGAAUUAACACAGAGAAAGAAGAGAGACCCUGAAAUAAAACCCUAAUAAUGGCCACUCUUCAAGCUUCCCUUCUCUCCAAACCUUCCCUUCCCUUUCCAUUCCCAUUCCCAUUCUCCUGCCUCUCUCCGAGCCACUCUCCAUUCUCCCUCUCCUUCCACUCCACGCGCCGCCUUUCCUCCACGCUCCUCUGCUGCACCUUUCGCUCAGACAGCGUCGGUUCCCGCUCCGAACCCAAUCACAACCCCUCCGAAACCGGUUCGGCCAACGCGGAACCGGACCCCAGCGCGGGUAUAAUUUAUUCGACGGAAGAAGGUGCAGUUCAGGUUUCUGAUUCGGACGAGGCGAGUUUGGAAGGUGGAGAGACUGUGCUGGGGAGUGGCGCUGGUUUGGAGAGGGAAGGAAAUAUUGCGAAUGGAAGGUUUUCGAUAGUGGUGUUAUUUGUGGGACUGUGGGUGAAGGCGAGGGAGCGUGUGAAGAAGGCUUUCGCGGAGUUUCUUGAUUGGUGGCCAUUUUGGCGCCAGGAGAAGCGUGUCGAGCGGUUGAUUGCGGAAGCCGACGCGAAUCCUCAAGAUGCUGCUAAACAGAGUGCUCUGUUUGUGGAACUCAAUAAGCACAGUCCUGAAUCUGUCAUCAAGCGGUUUGAACAAAGGGAUCGAGCUGUGGACAGUAGAGGGGUUGCGGAAUACCUUCGAGCUCUUGUGAUUACUAAUGCUAUUAGUGAAUAUCUUCCAGAUGAGGAUUCUGGAAAAACUUCUAGCCUUCCUAUACUGUUGCAAGAGUUGAAGCAGCGUGCAUUGGGUAACUCAGAUGAAACUUUUCUUAAUCCUGGAAUAUCCGAGAAGCAGCCAUUGCAUGUGGUUAUGGUUGAUCCAAAAGUAUCAAAUAAAUCACGUUUUGCACAAGAGCUUAUCUCGACUAUUUUGUUUACCAUAGCUGUGGGUUUGGUCUGGUUUAUGGGUGCUGCUGCACUUCAAAAAUACAUAGGAAGCUUGGGGGGGAUUGGACCUUCAGGAGUUGGAUCAGGUUCUUCCUAUGCCCCAAAGGAGCUAAAUAAGGAAGUGAUGCCUGAAAAGAAUGUAAAAACCUUUAAGGAUGUGAAAGGUUGUGAUGAUGCAAAACAAGAACUUGAGGAAGUUGUGGAGUACCUAAAAAAUCCAUCUAAGUUUACACGCCUUGGAGGAAAGUUGCCAAAGGGGAUUCUUUUGACAGGAGCACCUGGAACUGGAAAAACUCUUCUAGCGAAGGCUAUUGCUGGAGAAGCUGGUGUUCCAUUUUUCUAUCGGGCAGGCUCUGAAUUUGAGGAGAUGUUUGUUGGAGUUGGUGCUCGACGUGUAAGAUCCUUGUUUCAAGCCGCAAAAAAGAAGGCACCUUGUAUCAUUUUCAUCGAUGAAAUUGAUGCUGUGGGAUCAACAAGAAAACAAUGGGAGGGCCACACUAAGAAGACAUUACAUCAACUACUUGUCGAAAUGGAUGGGUUUGAGCAGAAUGAGGGAAUAAUAUUAAUGGCAGCAACAAACUUGCCUGAUAUUCUUGAUCCAGCUUUAACGAGACCUGGCAGAUUCGAUCGACAUAUUGUUGUACCAAACCCAGAUGUACGAGGUCGGCAAGAAAUAUUGGAACUCUAUCUGCAAGAUAAGCCUAUAGCUGAUGAUGUAGAUGUUAAAGCAAUUGCUCGUGGUACCCCAGGGUUCAAUGGAGCAGAUCUUGCGAACUUGGUAAAUGUUGCUGCCAUUAAAGCUGCAGUUGAAGGUGCAGAGAAAGUAACAGCUGCACAGUUGGAGUUUGCAAAAGAUAGAAUAAUUAUGGGUACUGAGCGGAAAACAAUGUUUAUAUCUGAAGAGUCAAAAAAGCUCACUGCCUAUCAUGAGAGUGGCCAUGCAAUUGUUGCCCUUAACACUGAUGGUGCACAUCCAAUUCACAAGGCAACAAUCAUGCCACGUGGAUCUGCUUUAGGAAUGGUCACUCAGCUUCCCUCAAGUGAUGAGACAUCAAUAAGCAAGAAACAGUUGUUAGCUCGCCUUGAUGUUUGUAUGGGAGGAAGAGUUGCAGAAGAGCUUAUCUUUGGCCGGGAUUAUGUCACAACUGGAGCAAGUAGUGACCUCCACACUGCUACUGAGCUUGCCCAAUACAUGGUAUCAAAUUGUGGGAUGAGUGAUGCAAUUGGGCCAGUUCAUAUAAAAGAGCGACCAAGUUCUGAAAUGCAGUCACGUAUUGAUGCAGAGGUUGUGAAACUCCUUCGGGAGGCAUAUGAUCGUGUUAAAGCCCUUCUAAAAAAGCAUGAGAAGGCAUUACAUGUGUUGGCACACGCUUUACUAGAGUAUGAGACACUUAGUGCAGAAGAAAUCAGGCGAAUACUUCUCCCAUAUCGGGAAGGACGGCUAUCAGAACAACAGGAACAAGAAGUAGCAGAAGGGGAUCUUGUGUUAGUGUAAUUUAUCUCUCCUCUCCUGUCCAUUACUGUACUAUUUUAGGGGAAGCUCUGUACAGUAUACCCAGAAGCCCUACAGGUAUAUUUCCGAAUCUUGUUUCUGCAGUUCCCCUCUUCGUGCAUGUCAUUCUUGUCGUAAGAUGCACAUAGUAAAAAGGAUACACAACGUUGGAUAUCUGCAAAACAACUAAUGCUACUUACAAUGGCAAAAUGUCAGCUGCUAGAUUACCAUCGCCCUUGCCGAGGGCCCGAGGGCAAAUAUAUUUUUUGUGAGAACAAUGUAUCAUGUAGGAAUUGACCAUUUUGACAAUUGUAUUUGAAAGCCUAUACGUAAUUCAAUUUUUUAAGAAUUUGUUAAAAACAUUCAGUGACUUUUGUCUAGUGGAACAUGCUACAAGACCCCCAACAAGCCUGGAUACUGAUGACUGCAGCUUUUUUGUAAGAUGUCUAGCAUAUUCUGCAGCAAUUUAUUUAACAGAAAAUAAUAGUUGAAAGUGUUACAAAUAA